GCGAUCCAAAGAUCCUCCGCAUGGCCGAGACUGGUGGAACAGCCAAUGCCGAAGACGAACUCGAGAAGCUUCUGAGAGAAGACGAUUCUGUUGACGGCGAACAUCUCAUUGAUGUCAAUGACGACAAAUCCUCUGGACGCGACGAAGACGAAGACAAGGCUUUCUGGAACCCCAAAGACCCCAAUACGAACAUCGCUGUCGCUCUGCCUGGCCGUGUCCUGCAGGACAUUGCUCAGGACACUGCGUGCUCAUUGGACUUGAACGUCGAAAAGGCAUGUGUCUUCAUCACCAACGCAACUCAGAGCAAGAUCCAGGCCGUCGUCAAGAAACUGGACAAUGUCGAGAGAAACUGGGUAAGUCCUCAUGCAUUCCUUCCCUGGCGUAACCUCAACGUCUCUCGUUUGCCGUAAUCUCCCAAAGCCAUCUCGACUGACCGACUUGCUCAGCACCGCCUUAGAAUCGACACUCACUUCAUGCGAACGGAAAAAGAGUCUGAUAGCAGGCUUCGGCUCCACCGCCUCCAACAUUUGGGUGAUGGCACAUUGUUGCAGACCCUGGCUCCUUUGAAGAUGAAAGACAUGCUGCCCCGUCAACGUGUCGUUCGCCUGAUGCGCCACAACGACAAAGGUGUUCUCGAAGUCUUCACUCAAAACCCCACCAAGGUUGCCCAUGAUGAAGGCUUGGUCCUUAGAUGGACUUCCAUCCAGCUUCCGCACUUUCUCCGAGAGGGCAUGCAUGAAUCUCUGUUGGAACUGGAUGAGAAUCCCGUUGAAGUCUGGCUGAAAGACACUCAUGAUUAUGUGCCUGAGGGAGAAGGAGACGACCUGAUGGGCGGCGACACCGGAGCUACGAAUUACAAUGCGCUUCUGCCUGCAGCAGCACCAUCUAGAAAGCAGGCAGAAUAUCCUGUGCAAGAUCUCGGUUUUCCGGAAGAGACUGAUUCUGAAAGCCGCUCAAACUCAAGCCUACUUAUCGAUUAUGAGGGCCGCAUGUUUGAAAGAUCACAACAAGCAAACGCAGGUGCUAUCCCACCUUCGCAACCUGUUUCUACACCGGCUCCUGAUUCUGUCGAUGGCAGAAUCACCACUUCGUCGAUCCUUGCCGAGCCACUGCAAUCCUCCAAUCCUUCCGGGAUAAAGUUCACGGCCAAAUUGCCUAAAGCAUCAUGGGACAUUACUCCCGCUCUACCGGAGCCAGUCGAGUAUUGCCCUAGUCCCCUUCCAGAUUAUGCUGGCGACUCCCACCUAGAGCCGUUUCCUUCUCUUGAAUCACGGGGGCAACGACCAAGAGUGCAGCAGGUCCCUCCGGCACUUCGUCCAUCUCCCGGUUUUACCCUCGUCAGGCCUCAGGGAUUACCUCUCCCAGCUGACACGUCAGGACAGUACUCACAAGUGACCCAGGCUACGCCUGAGGAAGCUACUGAUGUCGUAGAGACAAUACAGCUUGAGGAUGAAGUCUCGAGCCGGAGAUACUUCCAGACCACAGCUCACCGAAAGCCCAAGCCCAAGUCGAAGGGUAAGAGUGGCGCAAGCUCAACGAUCAAAGCACAGCUCGAGGUACCCGAGUGGGACCCCAGAGCAAAUCAGCGAAUUGAUAAACCUUCGCAAAGUCGAGCAAGCGCACCUCAAGUAUCGCAGGCACCCCAACCAAAGCCUCGCAUCCUUCCCGACUGCAGCAAUGAUCUUUUGAAGAUCUUGGACUCCGCUAGGGCCUUCAGGGGCCAUCUAGACAUGGAGGUCUCUAUCGGUCGCAUAUUACUCGAGGGCUUGGUUGGACCCGAAGCAAAGGAGUUCGCUGAGGCCAAAGCAAUGUCGUCUUACCGUAUGGUUGAGGGUAUCGAGAAGUACCUCCUCUCAGAUACAAAGACAUACCUGCACUUCGUGGAGAGACUUACUUCGGACACUGAGGAGGCGUGUCAGAUCCCGGCUGCGCAUCUCUUCAAACAGGACCCCACAGAGACAGAGGAAGAUUCUUGGUAUGAGUUUGACUGCGAGGACAAAUACCACAACGACCUCAUAGUCAAGGUGAAAGGUAUGGGUAAGGCCGAGACCGUCUUCGCUUCUCUUACCAUCGGCCAGGCGUUUUUUCAUUAUCCCAAGCGCAAAUGGGACGCUCGCUUCGCUGUCGAAGGCCGCAGACAGUACACUCACCGAAAGGCAGUGUCAGAUUUCGUGGAGCAGCUUUCCGCAAAUGUUCGUGGUUCCAAGGACGACCAACUUGUUGAUGUGCGCUUUCGUGUAAACAACGACUUGAAGAUUCACACCGCUUACGCAAAAAAGCGUCUCUCGUUCACCUAUCUUCAAAACGAUCGUAUCAAGCUACACAUAACGGAAGUGCAGGAGCUGAUCAGGGGCCGGAUGAAGACUGACACCUCAAUUCACCAAGUGGCCUCUGGAAAGAGAUCUGAAAUGGUUGAAGACCACCGCCUCUGGUUUGAAGCAAAGCUCUCCAUCUCAGCCGAGUCUUUCUUCGAACAGAACCUGGAGACGAGCACAGGUGAUGAUGCUGCUUGGACAGCCAAGGAGGUGCUUGACGACAAGACGAUGUGUGAUGUCCAGAACAUCAUUGACAAUGUGGUUACUCGUAUGGACGGUGUUGGUGCGAAGAACAAGGGAAGACGUGGUGAUGAGAAGGACAUGCAAGAGCUGGAGGCAUGGGAGUGCGAGGCAAAGCAGAAGGGUCAUCCUGGCUGUUGGUGAAGAGUGUUCCUCAGGCAAAUCCGAGUCCAGAUGUACUAUAGUUGUGCUGUGCUGAGUAGCACCGCAUCUGUUGUCCCAUUAUGGCUUCUACAAUCAUGUCGGUUCCGAUAGAUAGAUCCUGAAUAAAUCAUGCCCAUUGUUGUCGAGAUACAUUCCCUGUCAGAACUCCAGACAAGUCAAAUAUCCCUGUUAGAGCUCCUAGUGUCGUUUGACUCGUGGAGGCGGACCUGCAUGGUUUGUUAUUGGGCAUGAGCAUAAGCUUUGGAUAGGAAUGUUGCUGCAGGAGCA